AUGGCACCUUCUGUCCUCCGUCUAGGAGCCUUACUGCUCGGUGCAGUUCACUCUGUCACCGCAGCACCCGUCGAGAUCGAAGGCAGAGCGGUAUCCCCAACCCUCCUCUCGCAACUCGAAUUCUACUCCCAAUACUCCGCCGCCGCCUACUGCCUCAGCAACAACAACAGCCCCAACACAAAAGUCACCUGCCCGCAAGGCAACUGCCCCCUCAUCGAAGCCGCCACCACAAACACCCUCUCCGAAUUCGAAAACAGCAUAAAAUCCGACGUAACGGGUUUCGUCGCCACAGACUCCACAAAUGGACUCAUCGUCAUCUCCUUCCGCGGCUCCCGCAGCGUCCGCAACUGGAUCACAAACGUCGCUUUCCCAGUUCAACCAACAACCAUCUGCCCAACAUGCAACGCCUCAACAGGUUUCUGGAACUCCUGGCUCGAAGCACAGAAACCCGUCUUAGCUGCUCUAGCAACAGCAAGAAAGCAGUAUCCCACCUACCGCAUCGUAGCGACAGGCCAUUCCCUCGGUGGCGCACUCGCGAGUCUAGCAGCAGGCUAUUUACGAUCCACAGGCACGACCGUCGAUUUAUACACAUACGGCGCGCCGAAGAUCGGGCUGGCGGGCGUGAGCGACUACAUUACCAAAACGGGCAUGGGCGAGACGUAUCGCGUUACGCACAAGAAUGAUCCGGUGCCUAAGUUGCCGCCGGCGCUGUUGGGGUAUAGGCAUAUUAGCCCCGAGUACUAUGUUACUAGUGGGAAUGAUGUGCAGCCGACGGCGGGGGAUAUCAACAUGUUGACGGGAAACCUGAAUUUGAAGGGAAAUGAGGGGGAUUUUGGGGUUGAUGUUGAUGCGCAUUUGUGGUACUUCGGCGAGAUUAGCGCGUGUGAGGGGCAGCAAGGGAUUGAGAUUAAGGCUUGA